ACGGUGGUGAAUAAGCGAGAAGCACCACGAACGGUAGCAAGACGGUGUGAAAAAUGGAAUGCGACCAGCGAUGUUGCUUGCGGCAGAUGUGCUUACCGUGAGAAAAUCACCUCCUUCCAUCUCACGCACACCGUCACCACAUUCGUGUGCCCAGGAGAAACAAUAGGAAUAUAAUUAGUACCAAACUACUCCCACUAACACUGCUCGCUGGGUGGAUUUUCCCUAGACACUUUAUCUGAGGAGCAGAGUUUUCAGUGGCUACAGUUCAAUGCUAUCACGCGCAUGACUUCGCAGCGAUAGGACUUGGCCAAGAGGAUGGAUGACAUUUUUGGAAAAAAGAAGGAGGUGGUCCCAAUAUUGGACCUCUCCAAAUCGACCGCUACGUCACGCGAAGAGUUUAAACGGAUGAUCGAGAAGGUGCCGGACUACAAGAUGCGUCCGAUCAAGGUCCGUUCCGAUGAGAUCCGUUUCAAGGAGAAAGAGUAUGGGUUCAAGAUGCAGAAAAAGGAGCUUAAGAUGCUGAUGAAGAACGGAGGCGAACGGGAUAAGCUGUACACGUACAUGGAUCCCAUCCCCGGUGAGAUGCGUAAUCUGGUUAUCAUGGAGCUGUGCAGCGUUCCGAUCGACUGGAAGAUGCUGACCAGCCAACGUCCCAAGACGAAGGUCGAGGAGGAUUACUUUAGCAAACUGGUAGAGCUCGGUAAACUGCAGAUUAAAACGAUUCAACGGGACAAGCGCGAGAACCUGUUGGCUACUUCCAUGCGUAAAGUGAAAAACCGCUCGGGCAUCAUAGAAUCGCGGGUUUUCACUUGCAACGAGUGUUCGGAAGAGUUUUGCAACGGAAAAACGUGUGCCGAUUUCAACUACGACCUAUACACGCGCAUCAUACCGAAGGCUCCACUCCUGAAAACCAAUUCCCAGCAACAACUCUCACUAAACGGAGGUGCCGGCGGUGGCAUGGGAAACGGAUCUGGUGGUGGCCGCAUGCUUGGUGAUAUCAACCAAAAAAGUAUCGAUAGUGGCAGCGGAACCGGUGGUGGUACUACGGGUUCGAAAAAGAAUCGCAAAGGUGGACGGAAAAAGCCAAAAUCGAAAGCCAAAUCCGUCGAAGCGGAUGACGAAGGCAAUCAGAGCUCCGGUGGUGGCAAUGCACCAGGGGGUAGGGGCACCGGUUCCGUAGGUGGAGGAAAGAAAAAAGGCAAAAAAGCUUCAAAAUCUAAAUCAGUGGAAAAAUAACCAAAGAGACAGAGACAGGAGGAGUAACAUAGUUCG